UUGUACUUACUCAAAGAAAAUGCUUGGAACGACAUUUGGGUCGUUGAGAUUUAUCAACAGUUUUCAUAAACUUUCUUUUCAGAUUUGCAGAAAUAGGAAACAGUUAAAUGACAACAUAGUUAGAAGUAUAAAAACAUCGUCUUCCUUGCAUCUUCGUGAAGUGGUGGAAACAACAAAUGGUAAUGUUACAGUGAUUGAAGGUAGGAAGUUUGAUUCUGACAGAAAAGACCAACUGUUAAAAGUACAGGGCGCAGGGGAGAAAUGUGUGCUGUGUCGCCUUAACCUGGACAUCAAAUACACGGAUGUGUUAAUUCUGAGCCAGUUCCUGCGCGAGGAUGGGGACGUGGUGUCGCGCCAGUUGUCUGGUCUCUGCUACCACCAGCAAUCCCGCAUCAAGAAGCUCGUCCAUCAGGCUCACUCAGCAGGUCUAAUGCAGAACUUGAGACCGCACGUUUUCCCUGAUGAGUACAGCCAAAUGUCGGAUUACAAGUGGAAGAAGUACAAUGUCUACUAUAACGAGGCUAUAGAGGACGGCACUGUGAAAUGAAUUGCUUGGUUCUUGUUACACUGCUGCCCUUGGCUUGUUGUACACACAGGAAAUAAAUUGACGAAUGAAAUUGG